GUUGUGUGGCGUUUUGGGACCUUCACCCAGCGUUGCAGCGGGCAAGAAGGAUCCCAAAGCCCCAGAUGAGUUAGCUGAUCUUGAUCGGCUGGGGUCGAUGCUGGAAAAGAAGUGGGAGAAAGUGAAGCCCGCGUGCACCAGUGUUGGCAGCAUAGGCGUCAAAGCGGGGUAUGGCGUGAGUAAGAAGGAUCAAUUGGAAAGUAUC